UUAAACAUUUUGUAAACACCGAAUACACUCAACAAACAGAAUUCUCAAAAUACGACUACAAGCUGUCGAUAUUUUCCAUAUUUUGCUGGAAUUUGAUCCGCCUUCCUCCUGUUUGGCUCCCACAUAUCCGUAAUGCAGUUGCAUUAAAACGCAGACGACAAGCAUUGUUCAAGAACUCGGGCAGAUGGAUCUUGACAACGUUGCAUUUCUGAUUUCUAUGUCUAUUUUCAUAAUUUGUGGGACAGUUGGCAACUCUCUUGUCAUCGCCGUGUACCUCUCAAAGAAACACCGUUUUCCCAAACGAGUCUAUGUCCUGACCCUAGCGAUCGUGGACUUGGUGGUGGUAGUGCUUGUAGCUCCUUACACCAUUGUUUUCGAACUCAGGCUAGUUACCAGUGACUUUGUCUGUCAUGUGUUUGAAGUAGUUCGACACACGGUGAUUAUAUAUUCCAACACGAUACUGAUCCUGAUUGCAUGGGAACGUUUGCUUAUGGUGUGGAAGCCAUUUAGAAUUAUAAAACAUAGAACCAAGAUGGGCUUUAUUCUGGGAUUUCUUGUGUUUUCUCUUCUCUGGGCCAGCCCGUCAGCUGUUACCUAUAGCGUUGACUUUCAUGGUAACAGAACUUCCUCUGGCAAUAGUACAUUCGCUCAGGAGAGAUAUUGUGGAUAUACAACAACUAUACUUGGAGAAUGGAAAAGCUUAAUGUACAGAGAUUUUCUGGCUUUUUCCAUCGUUUUAGUAUUGCUAAUUUUGAUGGUGACAUACAUUCUCGUCUAUAUAAUUAUAUAUCGCCAACGGAGAAAACUUCCUGGUGUAUUUUCGGGAUCAAGUACUACAUAUUCAGUUCUAGAAACAUCAAAACGUGUUGAUAAAACACGAAAACAGAAUUCUCAUAAUGAACCUGUACGAAGUAAUGACGAUGAUUGUUUGAAAUACAACGAAGUGUUUUGUAUAUCAAAGUCCCUAUUUCAAGGAACAGCCCUGGAUGUUGAAGGGCAACCAACUGAAUCUCACAAUGUUAAGCGGCUACAUGAGGUCUUCUCCAAUACCACCGAUCAAACAACAUGGACGACAACAAAAAGCAACCAACAGAGAAGAGUGAUGAGUUGUGAACAUUUUUGCAUAGAUCUCGAAAAGACGCUACAAUCUUCCACAGAAUCCAAUGCAUUACCGGAAAGAAGGCAUUUAACGAAUUCCAAACUUGUCAGGUCCGCCCAGAGGAGGGCAACAGUGGACACUAAAACGUGGACGAUGCUAUCCAUCUGUACUCUCCUGUACAUUAUCUGCUGGAUUCCUUUUUUUGCUGAAAUCUUAAACAUGACUAAAUCGUUAGUGCUAAGGUAUUUAUUCUUUAUUGGACACAUGUCUAAUCCUAUCAUUUACAGCAUUGUGAAUGUAAAAAUCAGGAGAGGAAUCCGAGAAUUGUUUAUCAGAAAACCGAACAAAGGAUUACGACAUGUUCUGCGGGUCUUGACGGCGUCUUCCCGCGUACCUGUAUAGGAGGGAAAUAUCAGAUAAACUUUGGGUAUUUCUGUUAAGUAAUCACUUUGCUAACUUCAAUGAAAACAUAAAACAUUUAACUCUCGAUCUUAAAAAUACACUGUAGCGUUUUAUUUUGAUAAUUUUACAGAUAUAAGAUUUCAUGUUAUACUGACUUUAUCAUUUAAUUUCAUUUAAUUGUGUUUUAUUGUUGCAUUCCUCUUCUUACCCUUGUAAAGCGCCUUAGAGUAAUUUGUUUCAUAUAAGGCGUUACAUAAUUUUAUUAUAAUUAUCAUUAUAUUAUCAUUAUUAUAUAAAACAGCAAGGAAAAGAACGCUAAGAAUGAUACAUGAACUAAGACUUAACUGGAAAAUCAAAUAUAUACAUUAUGAUUUCCAUUGGAUAGGAAGUGUGCCAUUACAUUGUGAAAUGUAUAUAGAUUUGCAGUUUUCUAUUAUUUAUAAAAUAAAUGAACAAU